AUGGCCCCAUUCUCGCCUCCCCCUGGCCGCCCCCGCCCCCUGUGCGUGCCCGUGCGUACUUGUGCGUGUGGGCGGCUGGAGGCGCGCCCACCCGCGUGCGUCGCGCCCACUUUGCAUCACAACGGCCGCGCCGUGCGCCGAAUGGAAACUCAGCGCCGGCCAGCGAGCGGUUCCGCGGAAGGCGCGCCGCGGCCGGGCUCCCAGCCUCACGUAGCGGCCACUCCACGGCCAUCAGCGGCCGUGAGCUUCAGGGAAGCGGCUAAUUGUGGCCCACGCGCGAUCGCGGGCCGGAACAUCACCAUUCGCCACCGUCGUUUACCAAAAGCAAGUACUAAUUUAUUCGAGGGCGGCGCGGAGCGCAUCCUCGCGGCGUUUUUGCCCUGCGCGGCGCUCCCGGCUAACAAGCAAGCGGCGGGCGGGUACGUGUCCGGGACUCCCACGGCGGGCGCGCCCCAACAAAAGGCGGCCGCAGCGACAACGGGCGAAUCCCCGGCGGCAAAAAGCGCGCGCCGUCAGACACGCUGUGCGCCGGCGCCGAGAAGGCGUCGGGACGCAGACGUCGAUUUGAAUACGGCGAGUAAAAAACGGCGCAGCCGGCGGGGGCGUGGCGUGCAUACGGCGGCAGCCAAUGGGGCCGCUUUAAAGCGGGCGAGCGCGCAUGCAGAUGAGCGCGCAACCCUCUCCGGCCCCUGCCCUUCUGCCCUCGAGGGCGUGUCUAGCAGCGUCUGCCGGUUGGCCGCCUCGCAUCCUUCAUCCCCUGACAAGCCGCCUAUGCCGCCCUGCUGCGAAGACCUGGCAAAGCCCCGGCAGAGGUCGCAGGAAGCAGAGAGCCAGGGAGGACAAACUCCCCUUCCUACACCCUGA